AUGGGCAACUAUGACCAGCACAUUCAGCGGGGCCACCCAAUCCUCUUCGGCCUCCUGCUCUUCUUUGCCCUCAUCGAGGGCUGCAUCACUGCCUGGCUCGUCGCAAGCUACAACAACAACGACUCGUACCCGUCACCCUCGAUCCGCGAUCGUCUCAAGUUCCUAGUCUUUGUCUCAUGGUGGACCGUCUUCUUCAGCGCCGUCUACAUUGCCAGCUUCUUCAUGGCGGCCAUGAGCGUCAUUGCCAGCACGGCGAGCCAUGCCGUGUUCCUCAUCUUGACUUGGAUCUUCUGGCUUGCCGGUAUCGCAUCGUUCACCUCGGCCAUUGGCGGCACGCUGCACUGUGGCGCUCAGCAUGCGCUCGUCUACUGCUCCCAGCUGUCGGCCGCCGAGGCGUUUGGGUGGAUGAGCUUCAUCGUCGUCACUGUCAUGCUCGUCUUCAUCCUUCUGCUGGGCGGCGUGGCCCUGCGCGGCGGCCAGCGCCUGUCUGACGGUCUGGUGGCGUAG